GACGUGUCGGACCCAGCGGUGGUGGUGACGUUCCCGCUGCACGGGGACUUGGACGGGGCAGCACUGGUGGCGUGGACCACCACGCCCUGGACGCUCCCCUCCAACCUCGCGCUCUGCGUCAACCCCUCCUUCUCCUACUGCAAGGUGCGCAACCGUGACACAGGUGCCGUGCUCAUGCUCGCCCAGUCCCGCCUCUGCGCCCUGCCCGGCCGCAAGAAGGCCAAGGGGGAGGCAAAGGUGGAGGCAAAAGGGGAGGAGAAGGCAGCAGGGGAGGAGAAGGGAGGCAAGGCAGGUGGCGGAGACAAGGGGAAGGGCGGCAAGGGAGGGGGGAAGAAGGGCGGAGGCAGCAAGGAGCAGAGCGGGGGGGCGGCAGCAGGGGGGGGCGGGGCAGUGGAGGGGUUGGAUGAGUCGCUGUAUGAGGUGAUCGCCACCGUCACUGGCGCCGACCUCGUGGGCCUCACCUACGAGCCCAUGUUUCCGUACUACAAGGAGGCGAUGCCCAGUGCGUUCCGCGUGGUGGCGGAUGGCUUUGUGACGGACGACAGCGGCACGGGCGUGGUGCACUGCGCGCCUGCCUUUGGCGAGGACGAUUACCGCGUCUGCCUCGCUGCUGGGAUCAUCGGCAAGGGCGAGGCGAUACCGAAUCCAGUGGAUGACGAUGGGCGGUUCACGGACAAGGUGACGGACUUCAAGGGGCAAUACGUCAAGGACGCUGACAAGCCCAUUCUCGCCAUGCUCAAGGAGGCGGGGAGGGUGGUGAGUGUGGGGAGCAUAAUGCACUCGUACCCGUUCUGCUGGCGCUCCGACACGCCCCUCAUCUACCGCGCCGUGCCCAGCUGGUUCAUAGCGGUGGAGGCGAUAAAGCCGGCACUACUGGAGAGCAACGCGGGGACGCAGUGGGUGCCGGAGUACGUGAAGGAGAAGCGCUUCCACAACUGGCUCGAGAACGCGCGCGACUGGGCCGUCAGCCGCAGCCGCUUCUGGGGCACGCCGCUGCCCAUCUGGGCCAGCGAGGACUUUUCUGAGAUCCGCGUGGUGGGCAGCAUCGCGGAGCUGGAGGCGCUGGGGGGCGAGAAAGUGACGGACCUGCACCGGCAUAAGAUCGACCACAUCACCAUUCCCAGCAGCAAGGGGCCCGACCACCCGCCGCUCAAGCGCAUCGAGGAUGUGUUUGACUGCUGGUUUGAGAGCGGCAGCAUGCCGUACGCGUACAUCCACUACCCCUUUGAGAACAAGGACCUCUUCGAGAAGAACUUCCCCGGCCACUUCAUCGCCGAGGGGCUCGACCAGACCCGCGGCUGGUUCUACACGCUGAUGGUGCUGUCCACCGCGCUCUUCAACAAGCCAGCCUUCCGCAACCUCAUCUGCAACGGGCUGGUGCUGGCGGAGGACGGCAAGAAGAUGAGCAAGCGCCUGCGCAACUACCCGCCGCCCAUGGACGUGGUGGGGUCGUACGGCGCGGACGCGCUGCGCCUCUACCUCAUCAACUCGCCCGUCGUGCGCGCCGAGCCGCUGCGCUUCAAGAAGGAAGGCGUCUUCGCCGUGGUGCGUGACGUGUUCCUGCCAUGGUACAACGCGUACCGCUUCCUCGUGCAGAACACGCUGCGCCUCACCGCCGAGGGGCUGCCGCCCUUCCAGCCAAUGACGGCGCGCCAGCUGGCGGAGAGCAGCAACGUGCUGGACGUGUGGAUCCACUCCGCCAGCCAGAGCCUGGCGGCAUUCGUGCGCGCUGAGAUGGAUGCGUACCGCCUCUACACCGUGGUGCCGUACCUGGUGCGGUUCAUAGACAGCCUGACCAACGUGUACGUGCGCUUCAACCGCAAGCGCCUCAAGGGCCGCACCUCCGACCACGACUGCCGCUUCGCGCUCUCCUCUCUCUUCCAUGUACUGCUGAGGGUGUGCAAGGCCAUGGCGCCCUUCACGCCAUUCUUCACCGAGGCCAUGUACCAGAACCUUCGCAACGCGCUGCCGCCACGGCCCCCCACUGCUGAUGGCGGGGCGGGGAAGGGUGAGGGGCUGGGGGGGGUGGCGGAGGACGAGGAGCAUGUGGAGUGGGCGGAGGAGUCGGUGCACUUCUGCUGCUUCCCCUCCUCCGACCAGCACGUGGACGAGCGCACGGAGCGCAGUGUGGAGAGGAUGAUGAAGGUCAUCGACCUCGCCCGCAACAUCCGCGAGCGCAACAACCGCCCGCUCAAGACGCCCCUCAGGGAGAUGGUGGUGGUGCACCCGGACGCCCAGUUCCUUGAAGACAUCACGGGCAAGCUGUGUGAGUACGUGCGGGAGGAGCUGAACGUUCGCUCCGUGCUGCCCUGCGCCGACACCAGCAAGUACACCUCCGUGCGCGCCGAACCUGACUUCAGUGUGUUGGGGAGGCGCGUGGGGAGGGCGAUGGGCGCGGUGGCGAAGGCGGUGAAGGAGAUGGACGCGGCGGCCAUUGCUGCCAUGCAGCUGGCGGGGGAGGUCACGGUGGCGGGCCACACGCUCUCCACCUCCGACAUCAAGGUGGUGCGCGACUUCAAGGCGCCCGAGGGCAGUGUGGCGGGCGACAUGGACGCCGCGGGCGAUGGCGAGGUGCUCGUCGUGCUGGACCUGCGCGCUGACACCGACCUGCUGGAUGCCGGCACUGCGCGCGAGGUGGUGAACAGGGUGCAGAAGCUGCGCAAGCGGGCGGGGCUGGAGCCGUCAGAUGCCGUGGAGGCAUUCAUUCACGUGCAUGGGGGCGAUGCACCUGACGGCGCACACGGGGAGAAUGGCAAGGAGGGCGGUGACGGUGCUGAGGAGUCGGCGCUGCAACGCAUUCUGGCAGCUCAGGCGGAGUACAUUCGGGAAGCAUUGGGCGCGCCGCUACUCUCUGCCGUCUACUGCCCCUCCCAUGCCGUGGUGCUGGCAUCGGAGCGGUACAGCGGGGUGGCGGGGGCCACCUUCACACUCACGCUCAUUCGCCCCGCUCUCUGCUUCUCGCCGUCCCUCGCUGCUGACCUCUGCAAUGGCGAUGCAGCGGCAGCCACGGCAGUGCAGGUGGCGCUCAUGGCUCGCGACCCCGCCAAGCUCAAGGCGGAGAUUGCCGCUGCAGGCGGCAAGCCUGGAGCCAUCCGGCAGGAGCGCUCAAGCCUGGAGCCAUCCGGCAGGAGCGCUCAAGCCUGGAGCCAUCCGGCAGGAGCGCUCAAGCCUGGAGCCAUCCGGCAGGAGCGCUCAAGCCUGGAGCCAUCCGGCAGGAGCGCUCAAGCCUGGAGCCAUCCGUCAGGAGCGCUCAAGCCUGGAGCCAUCCGUCAGGAGCGCUCAAGCCUGGAGCCAUCCGUCAGGAGCGCUCAAGCCUGGAGCCAUCCGUCAGGAGCGCUCAAGCCUGGAGCCAUCCGUCAGGAGCGCUCAAGCCUGGAGCCAUCCGUCAGGAGCGCUCAAGCCUGGAGCCAUCCGUCAGGAGCGCUCAAGCCUGGAGCCAUCCGUCAGGAGCGCUCAAGCCUGGAGCCAUCCGUCAGGAGCGCUCAAGCCUGGAGCCAUCCGUCAGGAGCGCUCAAGCCUGGAGCCAUCCGUCAGGAGCGCUCAAGCCUGGAGCCAUCCGUCAGGAGCGCUCAAGCCUGGAGCCAUCCGUCAGGAGCGCUCAAGCCUGGAGCCAUCCGUCAGGAGCGCUCAAGCCUGGAGCCAUCCGUCAGGAGCGCUCAAGCCUGGAGCCAUCCGUCAGGAGCGCUCAAGCCUGGAGCCAUCCGUCAGGAGCGCUCAAGCCUGGAGCCAUCCGUCAGGAGCGCUCAAGCCUGGAGCCAUCCGUCAGGAGCGCUCAAGCCUGGAGCCAUCCGUCAGGAGCGCUCAAGCCUGGAGCCAUCCGUCAGGAGCGCUCAAGCCUGGAGCCAUCCGUCAGGAGCGCUCAAGCCUGGAGCCAUCCGUCAGGAGCGCUCAAGCCUGGAGCCAUCCGUCAGGAGCGCUCAAGCCUGGAGCCAUCCGUCAGGAGCGCUCAAGCCUGGAGCCAUCCGUCAGGAGCGCUCAAGCCUGGAGCCAUCCGUCAGGAGCGCUCAAGCCUGGAGCCAUCCGUCAGGAGCGCUCAAGCCUGGAGCCAUCCGUCAGGAGCGCUCAAGCCUGGAGCCAUCCGUCAGGAGCGCUCAAGCCUGGAGCCAUCCGUCAGGAGCGCUCAAGCCUGGAGCCAUCCGUCAGGAGCGCGGAGCCAUCCGUCACGAGCGCUCAAGCCUGGAGCCGUCCGUCAGGAGCGCUCAAGCCUGGAGCCGUCAGUCAGGAGCGCUCAAGCCUGGAGCCAUCCGUCAGGAGCGCUCAAGCCUGGAGCCAUCCGUCAGGAGCGCUCAAGCCUGGAGCCAUCCGUCAGGAGCGCUCAAGCCUGGAGCCAUCCGUCAGGAGCGCUCAAGCCUGGAGCCAUCCGUCAGGAGCGCUCAAGCCUGGAGCCAUCCGUCAGGAGCGCUCAAGCCUGGAGCCAUCCGUCAGGAGCGCUCAAGCCUGGAGCCAUCCGUCAGGAGCGCUCAAGCCUGGAGCCAUCCGUCAGGAGCGCUCAAGCCUGGAGCCAUCCGUCAGGAGCGCUCAAGCCUGGAGCCAUCCGUCAGGAGCGCUCAAGCCUGGAGCCAUCCGUCAGGAGCGCUCAAGCCUGGAGCCAUCCGUCAGGAGCGCUCAAGCCUGGAGCCAUCCGUCAGGAGCGCUCAAGCCUGGAGCCAUCCGUCAGGAGCGCUCAAGCCUGGAGCCGUCAGUCAGGAGCGCUCAAGCCUGGAGCCAUCCGUCAGGAAGCCUGGAGCCAUCCGUCAGGAGCGCUCAAGCCUGGAGCCAUCCGUUAGGAGCGCUCAAGCCUGGAGCCAUCCGUCAGGAGCGCUCAAGCCUGGAGCCAUCCGUCAGGAGCGCUCAAGCCUGGAGCCAUCCGUCAGGAGCGCUCAAGCCUGGAGCCAUCCGUCAGGAGCGCUCAAGCCUGGAGCCAUCCGUCAGGAGCGCUCAAGCCUGGAGCCAUCCGUCAGGAGCGCCCAAGCCUGGAGCCAUCCGUCAGGAGCGCCCAAGCCUGGAGCCAUCCGGCAGGAGCGCUCAAGCCUGGAGCCAUCCGGCAGGAGCGCUCAAGCCUGGAGCCAUCCGGCAGGAGCCCUCAAGCCUGGAGCCAUCCGUCAGGAGCGCUCAAGCCUGGAGCCAUCCGUCAGGAGCGCUCAAGCCUGGAGCCAUCCGUCAGGAGCGCUCAAGCCUGGAGCCAUCCGUCAGGAGCGCUCAAGCCUUGUAUUGGUGCAUUGA